UUCAAAUUAAUCACCACAGAUUGCACCUGCAAGGAUUUAUGAUCCUUAUCAAUGGAAAACCCGUAGUAUAAAACCUAGAUCGAAUUAACCAAUUCAUUCGUUACAACUGCAAACAAUGUUGCGCUGGGUCGUCCUGUUCUGUGCCGUUUUCGCUUUAGCGAAAUCCCAAAGCACCGCCGUCAGCAAAUGCAGAGCCAAUCCAGGUAAUCUGCCACUCAACACGCACAUCGAAGGCUGCACCAUCCCGCCAUGUGGCUUGCCGCAACUGGAGGACGCUGUCAUCAACAUCAGCUUCAAAGCGCCUCGUGAUAUCCAGUCGAUGAGGACGCUCGCCACUGCGUACUUGUCCCUCGGCAUCAUAUCUUUGCCAGUACCCUACGACCUGGAAGAGCAGUCAGUCACGUGCAACUUCCUCACGGACGCCGCCUGCCCGCUCGACGCUGACCAAAUCGCACAAUAUACAUUAAAAAUGCAUAUUGAGAAAAUUUUCCCUGUGGGCAUAUCGGUGACCAUCGAGUUCCGUGUGGUGGAUCAGGACAACGCGCCCGUGCUGUGCCUGCGCGUCCCUGUGCGUAUCGACCCGCCGCGCAACAAUGCCGCCGCCAACAACGUUGUUGUUGGUGAACUAGAACAAUAUUAAAUAUUGUCGAACUUUUAAAAAUCGAACCUGAUUCUACAAUUGUUUGAUGUACUUAAUAAAUUAUGCGUAAAUUGAC